AUGUCUCAGCAAUCAAUGUCUAUUCACCAAAUGAUUCAACAGGCUCCCUUGGAAUCUCAAUCUCCUGAAAACCUCACCUGUCCUACUCAAACAUUUACCGGGAAAGUCAAGAUAUUUUAUUCUGUCAAAGGCCAGGAUACAAACUGUCUCUGCUCAUUUGAUAUACCAAUCGAUUCAAAAUUACAAAACGAUAGCUGGAUCAAUGUUCCCUUGAAAAAGUGCCUAAUAUCCGUCUGUUCUUCAUGCCCAGAUCAAUUGAUGCACAGUUCCCACGAUACUGCAAUUUACAGUGCAAACUUUGAAGACCUCCUCCCAUCUCACGACCCAAAAGAUUCGAAAACAUUGAUCUGGGAAGGCCACGGUCUCCUAUCAAACCUUCUCUCAAACAACAACAAUACUCAAGUAACCGGAAAACUUAAAAAGACAGAUGCUGCUCCUUACACUCACACCAUUCAAGUCCUCAUUCAACUUCACCCAGUGCAUCACAGACCACACGCUGACAAAAAUAUUAAUGGCCCUGAUUCGAACUCAUAUUCCCAAACGUUACCAUCAAUGAAAUUAUUGUUGAGUGAACCAGACCCUCGCGUCGGUCCAAACUCUGAUCACUACGACGACCAACAUCAACCUCAAUCGCACGCUCAUAUACACGCUCAUAAUCCAAACUAUACGCACAGUCAAAACCAUCUCGAGAAUUUCCACGGCCCUCACAAGCUAACCACACCCAAUACCACACCCAACGCAUUCGUACCACCUCUGCAUCUACAGGACUAUUCUACCACUCCAAACUACACCAAUUUCGAUCCAGUCAAUAAUAAUAGCAAUAACAAUAACAUCAGUAAUAGAGCUCUCGGUCAAUCGUUUGUGCCGCUCGUUAAACGCCCUCGAUUAGAAGAUUCUCCCACGUCCGUUUCUUCGUCUUCAUCUCUGCCCUGGACACGGCCUCUGUCGGAUGUAACAAACGAGACGGAUCGGAUACAACCCAGCACCAAAAGAAAACAACAUUCUCCAGCCAGAGACGAAAUUAUGACAAUAGCAUCAUCAUCGUCAUCAUCAAUAACAGCAAUUCCGUAUUCCUCUGAAGCUGAGAUGCAACAUUCUGAUACUCACUCUUCCGCGCAAACUAUUGCCACUAAUACCAUCCCUAAUAACAAUAAUAUUACCAAUACUGGUACUGGUACUGGUACUGGUAUUGGUAAUAUUGCUGGUGGUAAUAUUGGAACAGUAGUAACAACAGCUGGAGUUUCCGCUACUGCCAAGCCUAGUUCACACGGGAAACCUUACCCAUCUGGGAAUAUUAAGACUUUGGUGGAUGCCUAUUAUCAUCAGUCAAGACGUAAAAAGCGUGACACAAAACCACCGAAUACAAACGACGUACGAUCGUAUGUGGAAAUUGAUAAGAACACCCUUGGCAUGUACAUAUUGCCCGCAGAAGUCGACUCAUGGACCGUGUUAGAUCUUGGCAAAGUUGUGUGGGACAGAGCGUCGUUUCACAAUCAACGUUACAUUUACCCUGUGGGUUAUCGCGUUAAAAAAUGGUAUCGAAGCAUGGUUGACUCACACAGUGAUACUCAAUACACCUGUCAAAUCCUAGACGGAGGAGAUGAGCCUAUUUUCCAAUUAGACGCAGACGACAACCCAGGUGAAGUUUGGAGAGGACCAACCCCAACUACUGUGUGGACAAUUGCCGUUCGAAGGGCUUUUGCUAUUCGUAAUAUGGACUAUGGACACAACCCGGUUGGUCCAGACUUUUUUGGGCUUCGCAAAAACACAAUCGCAAAAAUGAUUCAAGACCUUCCAAAUGCUGACAAGUGCCAAAAUUAUAUCUGGCAGAAUUUUGAGGCCACGAGUGGAAGUCGUGGCAAAGCCAUGCGCCGAACUAGCGCGCGUGUCGGCAGUGCAUCUUCUAUUAGUUCAGCAGGUCUAUCUGAACCUGUUUCUUAUGUCACCUCACCACCCUCCCGCUUUUCUCACAACUCUCCCUCAACACCCAGCAAAGCAGAACCUCUGUCACCCAAUUCAGAAACCAGCUCAUCAGAAAAAAGCUCAUGA